CCCGCAAUUCCUCCCUUCCUACUCUCUCCUCCUUCUCUCACUCCAAUUACUCCACUCAGUGAUGUUCCAUCAUGUAAUCUUCAUCGGAAUCCUGCCCUCUCAAGAGCUCAGAUAGUCAGAUAACUUAGACCAUGAGAGGAAGAGGCUGAGGGUGAUCAAUGUGUCUUACGGUGGAGGCAACACACCCAUUCCCCUCCCCUUCCUGGUCUUAGUCCUUCCGUACCUUCCUCCGUAGAACAGUAGUAGUAGAAAGUGUUCCCUCCCUCCCUUCCUCUGUUCCUUUCCAGUUCUUUUCCCUUUCUCCCCCCAUCUCCAUCUCCCUCUCCCUCUCUCCUUCUUCCCUCUACAACUUUACUUUCCCUCUAGUCAAAGACCCCAUCCCCUCAACUUUCCCCCAUCAUUUUGUUCGUUGUCGAGCCCAUCAGUAUUCCACAGCCAUGAAAGACCUCCGGGGAGAUGAUGACGCGCAGCUCGCAGCCCUGGGCCACAGGGCUGAAUUAAAUCGAAACUUUUCAAUGCUAUCAAUGUUAGGCUUAGCCUUUGCUAUCCUGAAUUCAUGGACCGCUCUAUCUGCAAGUUUAUCGAUCAGUCUGCCGUCGGGCGGCUGCGUAAGCGUUGUAUGGGGAUUGGUCACAGCGGGUAUCUGUAACCUCUGCAUGGCAUCCUCUCUGGCAGAGUUCUUGUCAGCGUAUCCCACGGCGGGUGGACAAUAUCAUUGGGUAGCAGUUGCUCCGGCAAAAUACAUGCCCGUACUUUCGUGGAUUACAGGAUGGGCAAACGUAUCUGGCUGGGUGGCGCUGGCUGCUACUGGUGGAUCUCUAGGCAGUCAACUGAUCUUGGGUGUGAUUUCCUUGAUGCAUCCGACAUAUGAGUCGAAAAGAUGGCAUCAGUUCCUCAUCUACAUCGCAUUCUGCCUUGUUGCAUUCCUGAUCAAUGCCUUCUUGAAUUCUAUCCUUCCACGAUUGACCAAGGGUGCCUUUAUCUGGUCACUAACCGGCUUCGCUGUUAUUUGCAUCACUGUGCUAUCAUGCUCGUCGCCCAAUUACAACUCUGGAGAAUUCGUCUUUGGCGACUUUAUCAACGAGACAGGCUGGCCCGAUGGUCUUGCUUGGCUGCUUGGGCUACUUCAAGGAGGCUUUGGUCUUACUGGAUUUGAUGGAGUUGCGCACAUGAUUGAAGAGAUCCCGAACCCCUCUGUAGUAGGGCCUAAGAUUAUGAUCGGCUGCGUUGCCAUUGGCACUUUCACCGGUACCAUCUUCUUGAUUGUACUGCUUUUCGUUGCUGGUGACAUCAACAACGUCAUCAGCUCGGCAGCUACUCCCCUACUUCAGAUCUUCUAUGACGCGACGAGGAGCAAUGCUGGAUCUAUCUGUCUUCUGAUUUUCCCCUUGGUCUGUGUCCUCUUCGCCGCUGUUACCAUCACGACGACAAGCAGCCGCAUGGUCUAUGCAUUCGCAAGAGACGGCGGUCUCCCAGCUUCGCCUUUCUUCAGCAAAGUUCAUCCGAGACUACAAUUGCCUCUGAACGCUUUGUACCUGACUAGCUUUUUCUGCGUUGUAUUCGGAUGCAUCUUCCUCGGUUCUUCCAGUGCGUUCAAUGCCAUUCUUUCUUCGUCUGUGAUUCUGCUCGACAUUGCAUAUGCCAUUCCCAUUGCUGUGAAUUGCGCUCGGGGCCGGAAGAUGCUGCCUGAAAGACCUUUCGUUCUGCCCAGUAUCUUUGGCUGGACUGCCAACAUAAUCUCUUUGUGCUACAUCACGAUGACCACUGUUCUCUUCGUUUUCCCGCCCGAUCGCAUUGUGACCGGCAGCAAUAUGAACUACUGCAUUGUUGUUGUUGGAGUAGUCAUGAUCUUGUCGGUCUUCCAAUGGAUUGUUGACGGUCGUAAGAAUUUCUCCGGACCCCGAAUGGACGUUGACGUGAUUUCGGGACAGGUUGCCGCCGGUGGUGAACCUGCUGACUAUGCCGUGGAACACGGUAUUCCCAUGAUAAAUAAAUGAUUUGUGUUUCUUAGAUUAAAGCAGAAUUUGUCUUCGAGCACAGGUGCCGAAGGACAAAUCUGUCACGAGUUUACAUCUCUAGAGUUGAUUUCAUAGGAAUCUACUGUAUUUGUUGGGAAGCCAGAACAGGACUAGCUUGAUGACAUAAGCCAGCAUAACUGGAGUAGCU